AUGACAACUCCAAGUUCCCGUGCAUUCACGUAUGAUGUGUUCCUCAGUUUUAGAGGGGAAGACACGCGUUAUGGUUUCACUGGCAAUCUCUACAAAGCUCUUAGUAACAAAGGAAUUCACACUUUCAUUGAUGAUGAAAAGCUUCGAAGCGGAGAGGCAAUAACAACAGAACUUGUGAAGGCAAUUGAAGAGUCAAGGAUUGCCAUCAUUGUGCUCUCUAACAACUAUGCUUCUUCCUCAUUUUGCUUAGAUGAACUUGUAGUCAUCCUUGACUGCAAGAGUAAAGGAUUGUUGGUUAUACCGGUCUUUUAUAAGGUGGAUCCUUCUCAUGUGAGACACCAGAAAGGUAGUUAUGGAGAAGCCUUGGCUAAGCAUCAGAAAAGGUUUAAAGCUGAGAAGGAGAAGUUGGAGAAAUGGAAGAUGACUCUGUAUCAAGUAGCUGGCUUCUCUGGCUAUCACUUCCAAGACGGAAUUGGAUAUGAAUACAAGUUUAUUGGAAGGAUUGUUGAGAAGGUCUCUAUGGAGAUUAAUCCUGCUCGUUUACAUGUUGCGGAUUACCCAGUUGGACUUGGAUCACAAGUGCUAGAAGUCAGGAAGCUUUUAAAUGCUGAAUCUUGUGAUGGAUUCAAAAUGAUAGCGAUGUAUGGAAUGGGUGGGAUAGGAAAAACAACACUCGCUCUAGCAGUUUAUAAUUUGAUUGCUGCCUGUUUCGAUGGUUCUUGUUUUCUGCAAAACGUGAGAGAGAAAUCAAACAAACAUGGGCUAGAACACCUCCAAAGAAUCCUUCUUUCAAAAAUACUUGGAGAGAAGGACAUCAACUUAGCAAGUGAGCAUGAAGGAAUUUCAAUGAUACAACAAAGGCUGCAGCGAAAGAAGGUUCUUUUGAUUCUUGAUGACGUUGACAAGUGUUCGCAGUUACAGGCACUGGUUGGAAGUCCUGAUUGGUUUGGUCCUGGCAGCAGGGUUAUCCUCACAACUCGAGAUACACAACCUCUGGCAUCCUAUGAGGUUAAAAUAACAUAUAAAGUGAAGAAAUUGAAUAAAAACGAUGCCUUUCAGUUGCUUACAUGGAAAGCUUUUAAAACGGAACAAUUUGAUCCAAGUUAUGUGGAGGUCCUGAAUCAAGUAGUAACUUAUGCUUCUGGCCUUCCGUUGGCUUUGGAAGUAAUUGGUUCCAACCUGUUUGCAAAAAGUGUUGAACAAUGGAAAUCGGCUAUCAAUCAAUAUCAAAGAAUUCCUAAUAAUCAAAUCCUAGAGAAACUUAAAAUAAGCUUUAAAGCAUUGGAGGAAGAAGAGAAAAGUGUUUUUCUUGACAUUGCUUGUUGCUUCAGAGGAUAUAAACUGGCAGAGGUUGAAAUUUUACUUCGUGCUCUUUAUGAUGACUGCAUGAAACAUUAUAUUGGGGUGUUGAUUGAAAAAUCUCUCAUAAAUGUUAGUCGGCGUGGUACAGUUGAAAUGCACGACCUGAUUCAGGACAUGGGUAGACAAAUUGACCAGAAAGAAUCACCGAAAGAACCAGGGAAGCGCAGGAGAUUAUGGUUACCAAAAGAUGUCAUUCAUGUUUUAAAAGACAACAAUGGAACAAGUCAAAUAGAAAUCAUAUGGUUGGAUUUCUUCAUUUCUGAGAAAAAAGAAACAGUAGAAUGUAAUGAAAACACCUUCAUGGAGAUGGAAAACCUUAAAAUACUUAUUAUACCUGACGUAUCUUAUCUCCCAAAUUUGGAGGAACUUUCAUUUGAAGGGUGUGAGAGUUUAAUUGCAGUUGAUGACUCAGUUGGUUUUAUGUCUAAACUUAAAAUAUUGAAUGCUAAAGGUUGUAGCAAGCUAUUGAGUUUUCCACAUCUCCACUUGACCUCUCUUGAAAGACUAGAACUUUCUUUAUGUUCCAAUCUAAAGAAUUUUCCAAAAAUAUCAAGAAAGAUGGGAAACAUAAGGAAACUUAGCUUGAAUGAACUUCGCAUAGAAGAAUUACCAGUUUCAUUUCAAAAUCUUACUGGCCUCGAAGAGUUAUGCAUUAACUGUGAUUUUCUUAGGUUAAGUCCCAUUGUCUUGACGCCUGAACUGUUUGAUAUUAAUAUUUAUAACUGCAAGGAGUGGCAGUGGGUAAAUUCAGAAGAGGGUUUCGCGUUGUUGGCUCGAGUGAGUAUUUUAGAACUAUGGGGAAGUAAUGUCACGUUCCUUCCUGAAUGCAUCAAAGAAUUUCACAAUCUGUUUUCUCUUAAUGUGAGUGAUUGCAAGCGUCUUAAGGAAAUUAGAGGGGUUCCACCAAACUUGAAACGUUUCAGGGCAAUAAACUGUAUAUCCUUGACUUCCUCGGGUUCAAGCAUGUUGUUAAAUCAGGUUUUGUGUUGA